UUCGCGGCGCAGCGGCAAGUGCGAUGUCGGGCUUCAGCCCCGAGCUGAUCGAUUACCUGGAGGGGAAAAUCUCCUUCGAGGAGUUCGAGAGGCGCCGAGAGGAGCGCAAGAGCCGCGAGAGGAAGGAUGGAGAAAGUGUACCUACUGAGGAAAAUACAUAUGACCCAGAUGCUCCAUCUACAUCUGGAAAAGGAUCUGGUAAAUCCCGGAGUCACAGUGAAACAGAAGGAGAAACGACAGAUGGGGUCAGUAAAUCUGUCCAUCGGGUCUUCGCUUCCAUGCUUGGGGAAAAUGAAGAUGAGGAGGAGGAAGAAGAGGAGGAAGAGGAGGAGGAAGAUGAAGAAACCCCUGAGCAACCCACAGCAGGAGAUGUUUUUGUAUUGGAGAUGGUACUUAAUCGAGAGACCAAGAAAAUGAUGAAAGAGAAAAGGCCUCGUAGUAAACUUCCUCGAGCCCUCAGAGGCCUCAUGGGAGAAGCCAACAUUAGGUUUGCUCGAGGGGAACACGAGGAGGCUAUACUGAUGUGCAUGGAAAUCAUAAGACAAGCUCCUCUUGCUUAUGAGCCAUUUUCUACUCUUGCCAUGAUCUAUGAGGACCAAGGUGAUAUGGAGAAAUCAUUGCAAUUUGAGUUGAUUGCAGCUCAUUUAAACCCUAGUGACACUGAGGAGUGGGUUAGACUGGCAGAAAUGUCACUAGAGCAGGACAAUAUUAAACAGGCCAUAUUUUGCUAUUCAAAAGCUCUGAAGUAUGACCCUACCAAUGUGCGUUAUCUGUGGGAGAGAUCAAGCUUGUAUGAGCAGAUGGGAGACCAUAAAAUGGCAAUGGAUGGCUAUAGACGAAUCUUAAAUCUUCUGUCCCCUUUUGAUGGAGAACGCUUUAUGCAGUUGGCCAGGGACAUGGCGAAGAGUUACUAUGAAGCCAAUGAUGUCACUUCUGCUAUUGAGAUAAUGGAAGAAGCCUUUACUAAACAUCAGAGCCUCAUCUCCAUGGAAGAUAUAAAUAUAGCAGCUGAACUGUAUAUCUCCAACAAACAGUAUGACAAAGCUAUGGCGGUUAUUACGGAUUUUUCAGGAAUUGUAGUUUCAAAGAAAGUGACUGAACGAGGCUCUUCUGAGGAGAAUAAAGACAUGAAAGAUGUAGUGGCUGUCGUGGAAAUUCAGGAGAGUCAAGUGGCCGUGAUUGACUAUCAAGAUUUUCCAGCUGAAUCCAGCACUGUUUCUGAAGAUAAAGUUAGCUGCUCUAUACCUGAUGGAGUUCCAAUAGACAUCACAGUAAAACUAAUGGUGUGCCUGGUUCACCUGAACAUCCUAGAGCCACUCAAUCCUCUUUUGACUACUCUAGUGGAGCAAAAUCCAGAGGAUAUGGGGGACUUGUACCUGGAUGUUGCAGAGGCGUUUCUGGAUGUUGGAGAAUACAAUUCAGCACUACCACUGUUGAGUGCCCUAGUUUGUUCUGAAAGAUAUAACUUGGCUGUAGUUUGGCUCCGGCAUGCAGAAUGUCUAAAAGCCUUGGGAUAUAUGGAGCGUGCUGCAGAGAGCUAUGCAAAAGUUGUUGAUCUUGCCCCGUUGCAUUUGGAUGCAAGAAUUUCACUUUCUACACUUCAGCAGCAGCUGGGUCGGCCUGAGAAAGCUCUGGAGGCUCUGGAACCAAUGUAUGAUCCAGAUACAUUGGCACAAGAUGCUAAUGCUGCGCAGCAGGAAUUAAAGUUACUGCUCCAUCGUUCAACGCUGUUGUAUUCUCAAGGCAAAAUGUAUGGUUAUGUGGACACUUUGCUUACCAUGCUAGCAAUGCUAUUAAAGGUAGCAAUGAACAGAGCUCAGGUGUGUUUGAUAUCUAGUUCCAAAUCCGGGGAGAGACAUCUUUACCUUAUGAAGGUGUCUAGGGAUAAAAUUUCAGACAGUGAUGACCAAGAGACGGCAAACUGUGAUGCAAAAGCAAUAUUUGCUGUGCUCACAAGUGUGCUGACAAAAGAUGACUGGUGGAACCUCCUCCUGAAAGCCAUAUACUCUUUGUGUGACCUUUCCCGAUAUGAGGAGGCAGAGCUGCUGGUGGAUUCCUCACUGGAAUAUUAUUCAUUUUAUGAUGAUAGGCAAAAGCGCAAAGAGCUGGAGUACUUUGGUCUUUCAGCUGCAAUUCUGGACAAGAACUUCAGAAAAGGUUACAACUAUAUCAGGAUAAUGCUAAUGGAAAAUGUUAAUAAACCACAACUCUGGAACAUCUUCAAUCAAGUCACCAUGCAUUCUCAGGAUGUACGACAUCAUCGCUUUUGUCUUCGAUUAAUGCUGAAAAAUCCUGAUAAUCAUGCACUGUGUGUCCUAAAUGGGCAUAAUGCAUUCGUAUCUGGUAGUUUCAAGCAUGCUCUCGGACAAUAUGUGCAAGCCUUCCGUACUAACCCAGAUGAACCUCUGUACAGCCUUUGCAUAGGCUUAACUUUCAUCCAUAUGGCAUCUCAGAAGUAUGUGUUAAAAAGACAUGCUCUUCUUGUACAGGGAUUCUCUUUCCUUCACCGGUACCUGGGCCUCCGUGGACCGUGCCAAGAAUCUUUCUAUAACCUAGGCCGUGGCCUUCAUCAGCUGGGAUUAGUGCAUCUGGCAAUCCAUUAUUACCAAAAGGCACUUGAGCUUCCUCCUCUCAUCUUAGAGGGAAUAGAAGCUGAUCAGACAGACUUGCGAAGAGAUGUUGCCUUCAACUUGUCACUAAUUUAUCAGAGCAGUGGAAAUUUAAGAAUGGCUCAAAAGUUGUUGUAUACAUAUGGAAUCGUAUGAUGGAGUUUGUGGCACCUGUUUGUGACUAAGAGGUAGCCUGCUAGGAAAAUAACAUUUGUCAUUUCCACUGGGGCAUUGAGGAUCUCAGGCAUUACACACCAAUGGAAAGACCCAUUCAAAAAGAUAUGUACAUAUUUUUUCUAAACUGAUCUAGAUGUGAUUGGAUCAGAGUUGUUAGUUACUGUAUAUAUUUUGUUUCCUGAACUUUUGAGCUAUAUUUUCCAUUUCCUGAGGUUGGAACUGUAAAAUGCCCCGAUACAACCAAAGUUCAACAAGCAGGCUUUUGUGAGCAGAUUCUCCAGACAUACUUAGAUGUUGGUCGAGCACCUUAUUGAUGAGUUUUUGUGACGCCUGAAGUUGGUGCUGGUACACAGAAUUCUCAACUGAAUAAAGGACUAAAAAUGAUGUGCACAUUUUUUUGGAGAAGAUUUUUAAAAAGUAAUUUAACUGGCUACUGUCCAAGUUCAAUUCUGGCAAUUGGUUACAUUUGCCGUGUACUGUACAAAAUUGUUACUAUUAUAUAGGAGAGGGAAGACUGAAGAAAUGGGCUUGAGGGGCGGGGGAAGAUAUAAGCCGAACACCCCCCCAGACCAUAGAUGCUCUUGGAUUCCUGAGGGAAUUUUUCCAGAGAGACUUAAUGUUACAAAUAACUGCAAUUGCAAGACCUUUAAAGUACUUAAAAAGGAUGAUAAGGAUUCCUGGAAAAAUAUUUUAUUUCAUCGCAAGCUGUGUCUGUUUAAGAAAAGUAAUUUUCUUUUAUUAGUAAAUCAGUGUCACAUCAGUAAAAGGUAUCCAUUUUCUGGAGUAUUGUAAAUUGGUCUAGUAAAGAUCUUUAGUUAUUUAUGAAAUCAACAGUCAUUUAAAUAACUUAUUCUCAGCAAAGACAAACACACAAAAAAAGUCCUAAGUUGUUUAGUGGGCUAAACAUUUGUUAGUGUAAUAACCUACAGCCCAUUAUCUUCCUGUACUAAAUAAUUAAAUAUUGAGAGAGAGGUGCUGCAAAUUCUGUAUAUUGCUUUGCUAAUCAAGAAUGAUAAUUCCAAUUAUACAGGUGUCAUAUAUGUUACUCUUUUCCAGCAGAGAAAUAACCUCAUGCUGGAAGUGAUGAUGAUAGCCCUAUCUCUGAAACUUGUCUUCAGUAAGAUUUGUUUUAAAAGCCUUUGUAGCAUUACAACACUAAAUUUUGGUAUGUGUAGUACUUUGAGCUGGCCCAACUAAUUAAAGUUUAGUGGUAACACAAAUUCUAUUAGAUAACACAUUAGUUAGUUUGGUGGUAUCAUGCAUUAAAUCUCAGCCACUUGUUACAGCUCUUGAAGAAAAUUGGAACAAUGGUCUUGCCAAAUUCUCUGUUCCUGGGGAACCAAAAUAUAAUUUGUUUAUAUUAGAUCAGAUGAUGAGAUCAAAUGGUCAGAUAAAAUGACGACACAUACAUACUACUAUUGAAAGUUUGCUGUUCACUAAUCAACACAUUAAAAAAAAAUCACACAAUCUGUGGAUUUCUAAUGUGCUGAAGGUAAGAGAAAAUGACUUGUGUUUUGGAGGAUAGGUCAUAACUGACCAGCAUUUAUAGUAUCCCACAUAUUAUACUUUCUUCCCCAAAAGUCAGCUUUAAUUCUGCUAUUUUCUAACUUGAAUGCUAGACUUUGCAACCUUAAUUUGGCUCCCUUUUUUGU